CGCACAAAUCAAUGCUAGAGAUGCAAAUCCGCCACCUUCACCCCCAGGGACGCCAGAUCUCCUUGGACGUAGCGGGAAUGCAGAGCGAUCUGGGAGCGUACCAGCCAUCAGGGAGACACCUGCACCCGACGAGAGGGAAGGUCGAAGACAGUCGACAUCCGCCUCUAUUAUCCUAGGGCCUCCACGCGCCGUGUCACCUUUCACCAUGGUCGACUCAUCAACACCGCCGCCGAUUAGCCAAAGUGUGACGUUUUCGACGCGAGCAAUUGAGAACGUGUCAGACAUCAUGGAUGCCCUGAACAUCUCGACCGCUAUGUCGAUUGGGUAUGGCACAAUCCACGGAAAUGGAAGCGCAGCAUUUGUAAAUGAGAACAAGGUUCUAGACUCCGAGUUGAAUUACAUUGUUAGUGUGGCCGUGAAUAAUGACAACACGAGCGUCGACCAGGAGGACAUGGAGUUUCAACCGAUUGAAGACCUCCCGCCGGACAGGUUUACGGAGGUCUAUGGAGACUCUUUUAUUAGCGGAUUUGAAGAAGGGGGCGUCUUCAAUGCCAUUAUCUCGAUUCAAGUGAACGAUAAGAGAAAGCUGAGGGAGGUCAAACAGGCUGUGGAUGUUCAGUUGGCUGUCGGACCAGUGCCUGUGGAUGUUGGUGUAAAAGAGGAGCUCAACAAGUCCCAUAUAGAAGCCCUGCAGGAUACUGAAAUCACGAUCAGUGUCAAUUGGACUGGCGGUGGAGAAGUGAAGAAGCCCGAGGUCCCUUGGACACUUGCUUCUGUUGUAGCAGUUGCCAACGCCUUUCCUUCAAUGGUGGCGAGGAGCUGUUCAAAGACACAAGCAAUUCUUAUGAGAUAUACGGCGUUGAAGUCAUUCCAGCAGUGGAAAUGGAAGAUGGUAGCAAAAGAUCCAGACUGGGCGAAGAAGUUCAUUAUCCUGAACUACGCCCCUUGCCAAUUGUAUACGUCGGAUCUUUUUGAUGCCAUGAUGUCCUACAAAAAGCUCUGGAAACGGAUCUCAGAAAUCCUGAAGAAUCCGUCGAAAUUCAAGAUACGAGAACCGGAGAAGAAGCCUCAGUACACUUCCAAUACUCUUGCAACAGACGACUUCUACGCCCCUAGACUAGAGCGCGGGAUACAUAUCGAAACCUCAAUGUCCAACUUAUCGCAAUCGUCAGAGAAGCUUUCUCCGUGCCAAAAGCGAGCGAAAGGAUUCAUCGAGCGUAACAACACAUUUGAGAUUGAAGAUAACACAAUUGGCGAGAGUUGGGAUCUGUACGCCAUCAACCAUGAUCGGUCACCGAUACCUGUGGAUCCCUUAGCCCUGAACGAGGCAAAGCUCCUAUGUCGCGAGGCCAUGACACUGAUUGUUCAGGAGGCAGCCCGGCUCGUGGACCACCCACACUUGGCAUAUGCCGAGUUCAAUGUCAUGACAGGUAAAACUCAGAUGAAGCGCCCAGACUUUGCAUAUCCAGAGGUCCUCCGAAUGCGCCUUCCGGUACCUAAUGCCAAUGAUGCGUCUGACGAUUCCAUGACGCAAGAUGCAGCUGCCAUCAAGACGCAAGCGUUCUCUCGCGACAACGAUCUAUAUACGCACUUGGUAGGAGAUCCACCGCUCGCGCGUCGGACUUACAAGGCAUUCACAUCUUUGGAUCUGAAUGAGACUCCGCGCGGCCGUGUGCAAGCCCAAAAGGGGGAAAACACGCUGCGCAAGAUAUGUUUACACAGCUACCACCAUCACAGUCUAGCCUGGAGUUCUUUCGACGCUGAUGCUGACGGCGCCAUAGGAGCCAUCGGCUUCGGUUUCGCUCAUGAUCCGCCUUCAGACAAGAACUCCAAGGAUUGCUUCUUGCACCACUACGGGCAUCCAUCCGGCGACGCAGAAUCCAAAUGCAAAGUACUCGACCUAGGGUCCAAGACUGCUUCGACAGAGAUUACUCGGAUAGAUAUCUGCUUCGUUCCUGGCACCGGCAGAAUUGCUGGAAUCGUCUUCUAUGAUGACUUCGUUGAUGCGACGACAGAGAGGCUAGCGAUUCGGCAGUGGGGAGCAGCCGGACGAGAGCCGGACGGGCUGCAGGUGGUCACGCAAACACCUCCGGAUGACGGGGAAAAGUGGAGAUUUGUUGGGGUAUGCGGAGAGUUUGAUUCGAGCAUGUUCGGAGAAGUGCUUGCACGGGUCAGUGGGAUAUGGAGAAGGGUUUAGGAUGGUUCUUGAUUCUUCCAUGGAUAUGUUGAUUCUUGGGUAUGGUGUCGGGGUUCGGCGUGGCGUUAUUAGUAUAAAGGCAGAAUACCCAGAUAAAUCGUUUGUUCUUGAUAUCAGGCACGCCAUUUUCUACUGUGUUGAUAAUGUCUAUUAUAGGUAAACAUGAUAUGAUAAGUUAAUGCCUCAUUGUUAUCAGAAAUUCGGAUGGAUGACCGAAAAGCCUGGUCGCCACGGUCUGAUUCUUCCCCGCUUAGCGUCAUGACCCUUCACCAUGAAUCCAUGCCCGCU